UCUCGUCCUGCGCUCCAAAACUUUACUUCUAAGAGCAUUCCACGCCUUUCUAUCGGAACGGAUUAAGAGCUUGGCUACCAACACCAUGGUAUAUACUGCGUCUUUCGCCUUCUUCGAGGCCAUCUGGGAGGCCGGCGUCACGUAUUGCUUUGUGAAUCUCGGCUCCGACCACCCCAGCAUUAUAGAAGCCAUUGUCAAAGGACAAAAUGAGAAAAAGGGUAAAUUCCCCAAGAUUAUUACUUGUCCGAAUGAGAUGGUCGCUCUCUCUAUGGCUGACGGCUACGCGCGACUGACUGGAAAACCUCAAUGCGUUAUCGUUCACGUAGAUGUAGGGACCCAGGGGCUCGGGGCGGCGGUGCAUAAUGCGUCCACAGGACGAGCGCCGGUUUUGAUAUUUGCGGGACUGUCACCGUUUACGCUAGAAGGAGAAAUGAGGGGAAGCAGGACAGAGUAUAUACAUUGGAUACAGGAUGUGCCGGAUCAGAAGCAAAUUGUUGCGCAAUAUUGCAGGUAUACUGGAGAAAUAAAGACGGGGAAGAAUGUCAAGCAAAUGGUCAAUCGAGCAUUGUCGUUCGCGAUGAGUGAUCCUAAAGGCCCGGUAUAUCUCUACGGCGCACGAGAGGCUAUGGAGGAGGACCUUGCACCAUACAAGUUGGAGCAGGAAUACUGGCACCCCGUCGAACCAGCAGCCCUCCCGAUGAGUGGAGUUAAGACGAUAGCGGAGGCUUUGGUGAAUGCCCAAGAGCCGCUUGUGAUUACUGGGUACAGCGGACGGAACCAUGCGGCGGUGGAGGAGCUGGUGCAGUUGGCGGAUAAUGUCAAGGGGCUCCGAGUGCUUGAUACUGGUGGGAGCGACAUGUGCUUCCCGGCCAACCACCCAGCCUGGCUAGGCCUUCGAUACGGUAUCGAACCUAGUAUCAAAACCGCCGAUGUAAUCGUCGUCCUAGACUGCGAUGUCCCAUGGAUAAAUACGCAAUGCCAUCCCAAAGCAGGCGCCAAGGUCUUUCACAUUGACGUCGACCCGUUAAAACAGCAGAUGCCAGUCUUCUACCUCAAGGCACUCCAGCGAUACCGCGCGGACUCCUACACCUCGUUAGGCCAACUGAACGCCUACCUAACGUCUAAUCUCAAAGACAAAAUCUCCAGCAAUCUGUUCUCGAACCGUUGGACGACGCUCCAAGAAUCCCACAAGAAGAAACUGAUAGCGAUUGCGAGCGAAGCGAGAGUAGAUUCAAACGGCCAUUUCGGCACACCCUAUCUCGCACAACAGCUGAAAAGACACUGCCCGGAGGACACACUCUGGGUCAUUGAAGCCGUGACCCAGACCUCCUUCGUUGCCGACCAACUGCAAGCCACACUCCCAGGCUCCUGGCUUAACUGUGGUGGUGGCGGCCUCGGUUGGUCCGGUGGUGCAGCGUUAGGUAUCAAGCUCGCCUCCGACACCGAAGGCAAGAAACAGUUCGUAUGUCAAAUUGUUGGGGACGGCACAUAUCUAUUCAGCGUCCCUGGCUCCGUGUAUUGGAUCUCAAGACGCUACAAGAUCCCGGUCUUGACCAUCGUGCUCAACAACAAAGGAUGGAAUGCGCCAAGGAAAAGCAUGCUACUUGUACAUCCGAAUGGGGAGGGGUCGAAAGUGAGCAACGAGGAACUUAAUAUUUCAUUUAUGCCCUCGCCGGAUUACUCAGGGAUUGCGAAGGCGGCGGCAGGAGGUGAGAUUUGGGCGGCGCAUGCGAGUGCGGCGGGGGAACUGGAGAAACUGCUGCCAGAGGCGAUUAAGAGUGUCUUAAGUGGGACUACGGCGGUGCUGGAUGCGCAUCUCGAGGGGCCGGAGGGGAAGUUUAUAAAAAGGAAGGCGGCGGCUAUGGGAUAAAUGCUGUAAGAUUCACAUGGAGCAUGUAAUGGUGGGAUGAUGUUCGAAAAUCGAGGCAUAGAAUCGCAUCCGCUUAACGUGGUUGAUAGAUUUCUU